AUGUCCCCACUUUCAGGUCUCCUCACACUGUGGUGGGUUCCUUUUGUCAUAGGGUGCUGGCAGAUUCGGACCCCCCAUUGCUGCUGCCGGGCCUGUAAUCUGCCAGGGGCCCCCCGUCCCGCCUCCUCAUGCUGCUGCCAGGUCCAGAGUGUUCAUGGGCCCCUGUACGGCCUCCCUUUGCUGCUGUCUCCUUCCCACACUCUGCCAGUGCCACUUUCAGGUCUCGAUACCUCACACUGCCGGUGGGUUCCAUUUUUCAAAGGUGCUGAUGGCCAUCCCAUUGCUUGCCUGCCCGCUCCACGCACACUGUGGCUCCACACUCUGGUUUUGGCCCCGUGACUGCCCCAAAUGAGUGAAGUGUGCUGUGUAAUUCUAAGAUCGACACGCACUCAUCUGCCAUGUCAUACU